GGACGUCCCACCCUCUCCCUCUCCCUCUCCCUCUCCCACUCCCUCUCCCUCUCCCUCUCCCUCUCCCUCUCCCUCUCCCUCUCCCUCUCCCUCUCCCUCUCCCUCUCCAUCGCAUGUCAUUCCUGAGCCGCUCGUAUAAAGAUGUCCGGGAUCCCGUCUCUGGAGCAGACCGUGAAGCGUGUCCACACUGAACAUCUAUGAUGACAGGGAUUAUUCUGUUCCUCUUGUUUCUAUGGUUUCCUCUUGACAAGACAGAGGAGCACGUUGUCAAUGAGCUGUACACGCUGAUAGAAAAGGGUCCACUCAGCUUUGUGGACCCGGCUCCAAACAACCAGAGCUGGGUGGUGGUCAAAGAGCACUCCCUGCCCAUCAAUGAGCUGCUGGAGAAGAGCAACAAGCCCGGCGAGUCCAAGUUCUCCCUGCACCCUCUGCCCUCCGCCGUCUGGCCGAAGCACAGCGACUUGGCCCCCAUCCCUCGCCUCCAAGGCCCCCACAACAAGAGCAAAAAGGGCCCCAAGAGCGACCGUCUGGUGGAGCACAACAGCGAGAAAACCAGAGGAGAAGUUGCCGGACUGCUCCCCAAAACCCCGCUGACCAGAGCCACAGCUGCCGUCACCAACCGCACCGUGCAGAAGACCAGCCAGGAGACCCAGUUCAGCAACAGUCCUCCUCAGCAGGGGGAACCAGAUGGACACCCCAACUCCAGACCCAGGGGUCCGGCCCUCACACAGCCUCAGACCCAGCCGCACCAACCGGCCCCUUCCCCGCGCAGAGAUCCCCCCAACCGACGACUGGACCCAGAGGAGAACCGGCCGGGGAAGUCCAGUCUCUAUCAGUCUGGUAUCGGGGCCGCGACACGGAACAACAGCCGCCCGCCAGUCGUCUUCAACCGGCGCUCCUCCAGCCUGCUCUACCACUUUGACAUCCUGAGACGAGAGUCCGACUUCACACACGACGCCUUCUGCAUGAGCGAGUGCAGGAAGGAGAAGGAGGAGAGAGAGUAUUACUGCUACAGUGAGUUCGCUGUCAACGGGAUAGUUCACGACAUCGAUGUGCUGCGCAAAGGAAUCCGCCUCGUUACACUGAUGGUGAGCAGCGACGGCUUCUACAAGAUGAGUCGCCUCUACGUGACCCCGGACAGCUUUUUCUUCAAAGUUCGCCUUCUGGUCCUGGACACCUACAAGUGCAGCAAGCCCUGCCCCGACAUCAAGCUCGGGACCCGAUACAUUGUGAUGGGCCAGAUCUACCACCGGAGGCGCCACCUUCCCAGUGACCUCCUGAACCUACUCGGGGGGAAACUGAAGCCCGGAGACGGCCUCCUGCGAAGCAACAACUACGUCAAGAGAUUCAACAAGCGGAGGCACCAGAAGGCCCUGGAGGCCACCCGCUCCAGGUGUAGGUGAACCAAAGAUAGGACUAUCGCCCCCUGCUGCAGGGGAAGAGACAUUGCAGCUCACCUGAACUGAUCUAACUAACCCCCCACCCCCCACCCCCAGUAUGGUGCAAGACGGAAGACAUUUUGCAGAAGGUAUGGAUUUAUUUUCACAUGGACUGCUGUGACGUAUCCAAACCCUGGUUCAUAUUUUUUACUCCUCUGUAAAGUUCCUGAAGCACGGACUUGUGGUCUCUUUGACAGAAAACACAAGCAGCUUCGAUUAAAUGGGUUUCGCACCAUCA